AUGGCUGUGUGCAUUGGAGGAGCCGGAGUCCGUGGAGGAAAGAAAGUGUCAAGCCAAGCAUUGGGGCUGAUGCUGAUCCACACUGAAGAUGCCUAUCUGAAGUUGAUUGAGGGUGAACCCACUGCGGAGAAAGCGUGGAAGAAGUUGGAGGACGACUUUGAGAAGAGGAGCAAUGCGCGCAUGAUUCAGCUCAGGAGAAAGCUGACGAGUCUAAGGUUGACUAAGGGGAAAGCCAUUGAAGAGUACCUAGGGGAAUUCCGGGAGCUCAAGAUAGAUUUAGAGGCAGCGAGACAAAUUGUCUCGGAGGCGAGUUUGUUCUCGCUAACUAGAGCGACUAACGCGGAAGCACGAGUGGUGCUCGAGGGGAGAACGGCGCAGAUAGAAACGGACGGCGUGGUCCGGAUGGAGGCAGUCAAGCGUGGAGGGCUGUGGGAGAUUGAGACCGUCGGGAAACAGAGAGCAUUCCUUGCGAGGGGUCCGGUCAAGGGGAAUCGGGUGUGCGCCACGGCAAAGAGGCCGGCAAUAGCGGAAAGCGUGGUGGAAAAGACGAGUGGUAUUGGGCAAAUGUGGGAACAACAAGUUGAAGCCGUGGGAGCCAAAGAGCCGGAGCACGGAGUGGAGAAGACGUCGCCGGAGAAGAGCGACGAUGGCGACAAUGGAGGCGUGUGGGUGACGCCAAAGGCGAAGAAGACAACCCGCAAAAGGAGCGUGACGAGUUAG